CGACGCUAUUAUGGUCCGCGGUGACGUUUGCAAAUCUGGCGUUUGUGCUGAUCGCAGUGUUGGAUUUAGCUGGGAGUGCCUUGCAGUAAAGCAAGCAUAUUCUCGGUACACGUCAACGUGUAACCCGCAGGGACAUCUUCAGUCCGCUGACACACCGGAUUGAUCCACCGGACGGCUGCUUCGAGUUUCACGAACAAUCGAGUUGAUCAAAAUUCCUUCUCGAGGCCUAGUGGAAGGAUCUGAUCCUCGGGCUCACCUGCGCACUCCAGGCGUGAUGACAGGACGUUCUACCGGGGAGAGCUGUUGAUGUCUUUCGCUAAUCUUGCUCAUAAAGGAGGCAAGCACCUGCACUCAGAAAGAAAACGUAUGUGGACUACUGAUGAGGCUGCCAUGCUCUUCAUGGACGUCAGGGUUUGAAGUCGCUGCUCUAUCCGCCAGACCCCGUUGAUACCCGUUGCCCUCGAGGCUCUGAUAGGCGCACCCUUACGAGAGUGAACAAGUCGAUCCUGCUAAACAUGAACCGAUAUCUGCCGGUGGCCCGGCAACACUUCCUGACUGCUCUCGCCAGCACGAGUGUGGUGGUGAAAUGUAUAUGCGUCACGGUGUUUGUGCUCUACCUCGUCUCGUGGCUAGCGGACACGCGCAUGGCUCUCGGAAUCACACCCGGAUUCCUCUUUCCUCCCAACUUCUGGAUCUGGACUCUGUUGACGCAUGGCGUGGUGGAGCAGCACGUGUGGGACGUAGUACUAAACUUGGCCACAGUGAUCAUUGCAGGAAGACUGUUGGAGCCUCUGUGGGGCGCUUUGGAGUUACUUAUCUUCUUUGCAGUGGUGAACGUUGCUGCCGGUUUGCUUUCAGGCCUCUCCUACGUUCUCGCCUACGCUGCCACCUUCGACCUGAGCUACCUGUUUGAUGUACACAUCAGCGGGCGCACCACGUUUCUCGGUGCCGUGCUGGUGGCUCUAAAACAGACGUCAGGCGACACGACUGUGCUCCGAGUGCCUCAGAUUCGUCUGAAGGCAGCCCCAGCACUGGUCCUGCUAGCACUAGCAAUCUUGCGGCUAGCCGGGCUGCUGGAAAAUGCAGCGCCGUUAGUGGGCUGCAGCUAUGGUGCGUUAGCAGGGUGGGUAUACUUGCGCUUCUACCAGAGGCACAGCCGUGGACGUGGCGACAUGUCGGACCACUUUGCCUUCGCCUCGUUCUUCCCGGAGGCACUUCAGCCGGCGGUGGGUUUCAUCGCCAGCCUGGUGCAUGCCGCCCUUGUCAAGAUGAAGGUGUGCCGCAAGAUGGUCAAGCGCUACGACGUCGGCGCUCCGUCAUCGAUCACGAUCAGCCUGCCUGGCACAGAUCCACAGGAUGCCGAGAGGAGACGGCAGCUGGCGCUGAAAGCUCUGAACGAACGUCUAAAGAGAGUGGAGGAUCAGUCUGCCUGGCCCAGCAUGGAGGACGAGGAAGACAAUGAGGACGACGAAGUUCGGACGGACGCGCCCCUGCUCCCGACCCGAGAACCCUCGCCGUCAGCUCCCAGCACUACCCAGAAUUCCACAGGGCAAGAAUCGAGCAUCAUAAGCUUUGAAGAUGCCCCCACUCACUCCUAACACACACAUACAUACAUACAUACAUACACACAUACAUACACACAUACAUAUAUAUAUAUGAUACAUACAUACAUACACACAAAAACACGUGUAUACAAGUACAAGGACCGCUCGAGCGCAGUGCUCUGAUUCUGAGACACAAUCACAAUCCCUUCUGCAGAGGUAGGAACGAUUUGUCCUCAAGAGCAAGACGGCUUGCCAUAGGUAGUUUAUAAAUCUCGAUCUGUUCUAAUAAACGCUCUUAAACUAAA